GCCGCCAUGAAGCCAUGAAGCUUUGAUGGCCGAUCUUGUGUCUAAAUAUGACUUUUCUAUCGAUGAGUAGCAAAUUUUCACAAGACCGUUUGCCCUACCAGCCCUUUGCCUGUGGCUUCUGACUAAUUUCCCCAAGUUUCUCUUAUCCAUCAGUCCGUGAAAAAGUUUCAUAUUAUUCACUCAUCAAAAGGAUUUGUCUUCAUCUAGUGGUAUAAACAAGGACAUAGAUACAAUUCUGAGGAGACGAUUAGAUCCUGACAAGAUGGCCAAAAUGAUCCUUCCCACUUCACGCCCCUAUGGCUUCGAAUUUCCCAUCGUCACAACGGCACUCAUAAUCAUUGAUAUGCAAAGGGAUUUCGUUGACCUGGAUGGAUUCGGUUCAAUCCAAUGUGGAAACCCAGAAAUCUUCUCUGCGGUCCGCAACAUUGUCCCCACACUGCAAAAAGUCCUAGAGGUCUCCCGAACGAUCGGAAUUCAAGUCAUACACACCCGGGAAGGACAUAAGCCCGACUUGUCGGAUUUGCCUCCCUCAAAAAGAUUCCGGCAAGUGAAUGCACCGCAUGGACAUCAUACAAUGGGCAUUGGUGAUGAGGGUCCAAUGGGAAGACUACUGGUAAGGGGCGAAUGGGGCCAUGAUAUUAUUGAUGAACUAAAACCACUGCCCGGAGAGCCUGUCGUCGAUAAGCCUGGAAAGGGAAGUUUUUGGGGGACAAGUUUGCACAGAAUUCUGCUUGCAAGAGGCAUCACUCACUUGUUGUUUGGUGGAGUCACAACUGAGUAUGUUUAGAACCAGUCUACAUGAACGUGUGGUCAUGUUAACAAUGAAAUAGAUGUUGUGUCACAACCACACUUCGAGAAUGUAAUGACCGUGGUUUCGAAUGCUGUAUCCUUUCGGAUUGUACAGAUGGCUUUGAUAAGCAAAUGGUGACUACGUCGAUGGACAUUAUCGCAGGGCAAGACGGUCUAUUUGGGUUCGUUGGCAGUAGCAAAGAUUUCUUAUCACAAGCUGCGAAUGCUCAAGCACUUACGCCGCCUACAACUCCACCGGCAUACCAAAACCCUUUAACCUCCAUAGCGGAACUUCAGAGGAAUUACAAGAGUGGUCUUCUUGACCCGGAGAUUGUUGUCAAUUCAAUUUUCGACCGAAUUGAGCAAUACAAAGCCAUCGAUUCAGCAGUCUGGAUAUGCCACCAAUCAAGAGAAGAUGUCCUAGCCUCAGCUAGAUCCCUCUCUGCGCGAUAUGCUGGGAAGCCACUCCCUCCUCUUUUUGGUGUUCCAUUCGCUUUGAAAGACAAUAUUGAUAUACAAGGAAUCCGAACUACUGCCGCCUGUGAAGCCUUCGCUUAUGUGGCCAAGUCAACCGCUCCCGCGGUUCAGCUUCUUCUGGAUGCCGGAGCUCUUUACAUCGGAAAAUCAAAUAUGGACCAGCUUGCUACCGGACUGUCGGGUUGUCGUUCACCACAUGGAGCUCCGCACAGUGUGUAUAGCAAGGGCCAUGUGUCUGGGGGCUCUUCAUCAGGUUCGGCAGUUGCAGUUGCGGCUCAGCUUGUAUCUUUUGCCCUUGGCACCGAUACUGCCGGCAGUGGUAGAAUUCCGGCUGCGUUCAACGGUGUUGUGGGGUUCAAGCCGACCAAGGGCACCAUAUCAGCACGUGGGGUAAUACCAGCUUGUAGAAGCCUCGAUACUCUCUCGAUUAUGGCACCAACUUUGGCAGAUGCCCGAAAGGUUUGGUAUGUUGUCGAUUCUUAUGACCAUCUUGAUGCUUUCGCCAAACCUCCUCAAUCGCUCUCACUUUGGAAAUGCGAUUUUCGUGGUCCUAGAGUAGGCGGCUUUACAUUCGCUGUCCCGGAUCCCUCCAUUAUCUCACUCUGCUCGAAAGAAUACCAAUAUCUUUUCAGUCAAACCGUGGAGAAACUUCGUUCCUGUGGCGGCAAAAGCGUGAAUGUAGAUUAUACACCAUUCGCUAUUGCUUCUGAUUUGCUCUACAAUGCAUCUCUGGUCCAGGAACGAAUUGCAAGUAUCGGACACGAUUUUCUCGCUGCAAACCUUGAUACUCUCCAUCCAGCCACCAAAUCCCUGUUUCUCUCCGCACUCACAAGUGACCUCAAACCUUGGCAGGUAUUCCGAGACCAAGCUCUCCAAAAACGAUUGACGUCCCAAGCACAACGACUAUUCGGCACUUUAGAAAAGGGUAUAGAUGUUUUGCUGCUUCCUACGGCUCCAUGCCAUCCUACAAUCAAGGAGAUGGAAAAUGAUCCUUUGGACUUGAAUGCUAAAUUGGGGACGUUUACUCAUGCUGGAAAUGUGCUAGAUUUGUGUGCGGUCAGUGUCAAUUCUGGGUGGACUCAAGACGGAUUGCCUUUCGGAGUUACAUUCAUGGGUGGUAGUGGUUACGAUGGGAGAGUUCUAGAUAUCGCUGCUGUUUUUGAGGAGUUCAUCAGUGCUGAAAUGAAGCUCAAAUGAGCCUCUCUUUUGAUCAUGUUUACCGGUUGUUAAGGAAAUAUUCUACGCAUCUUGUAUAAUCAAAACUCAAACUCACUUGUAU